GAAUUUGAUGACCGAACUUUCUGACUUGUGCGUUACGGUUAUGGAAACUGUCGUAGCCUCAGUUUAUAAUUCCUGGCGCGAUGUUGCAUUUGGUGACUUACAAAAAACUUUGGAAUCAGUUGCAUGUGAGCUGACUUCUAAUCAUGAGAAAAACGAUAUUUCACGGACUAAUUUAGUAAACCAGACUAAAGAGUUUCGAAAAUCUGCUUCCGAGGAUGUACGUAAAUAUUGUUCAACAGUUAUCAAGUGUUAUCAAUCGGAAUUUGAUGCACUUCAAAAGAGGUGUAGAUAUGCCGAAGAAGCUUAUCUUUCAAUGUACAAACAACUUAUUGAGCUUCCAGAUCCCUCGUUUGCACUUGGCGAACUUCAUUCCUUACAAAAACGAGCUGACAAAGCUGUAGAAUUUGAGUUCGAAUCACGGAAAUUCAAGGAAAGCUGUGACGAAUUAAAAACAAAAGUUCAGGAGCUCAAAAAUUACGAACGCGAAAAUAAACGACUGAAGAAACGUCUUGACGAGUUGACGGUUUCUUUGGAAACUCAAAUUCAGCUGAACAGUUCGAAGAUAGUGGACGAAUAUCAAAGGAAGUUGGAGUCCAAAGAGCAAGAGCUUGCCAUCUUUAAAGCUGAGGCAGAGGAGAAGCUUGGUAGCUUUGAAUCUAAAAAUAUAGCCAUUUCCAAAGCACUGGAAAUGGCACAAUCUGAAUUAUUUAGGCUUAAAACAGAAGUGAACGCUACUGAAACUGGCAGGUCUUCCGAACUUGACUUACUUAUGGAUGAUCUUGAAAAAUCGAAUGCAAAACUUGUUUCUGCUGAAGCAGAGUUGGCUAAAUUACGUGAGGAUCAUGCGGAUAUUCCCAAGUCACCCAUCGCAGAUAUUAUCCGACUUCAAUGUCGCAUUGAAGAGCUUGAAUUUGAACUGUCCAGUUGUUCUCAGCAAAAGUCGUCAUUACUCGAUCAGUUGGAAUCACUCAAAUCUUCAAAGUCAUCCAACGAAAAGAACCUAGAAAAUUGUAUUCAAGAGCUGCAAACAACAAUUUGUCAGACUAAAGCUUCUCUAGAAGCAGCUAAUAUUAAACUUGACAGUCAAUCUGAUUAUGAAGAAAUAAAACGCGAACUAUCUCUUUUACGCUCAAUUGAAUUUCCUGAAAAUGUCCAGCUAAAUGGAUCGGAUAAUUUUAUUCAGGACGAAACAUCCAAUCGUGCUCCAUUGGAAGUACUUCUUUUAAAAAAGAAUAAAUCAUUGGAGAAUCAGUUGGCAGAAGUAAACAUUUUAAGUGAAAAGUUACAAAUUGAACUUACUCAAGUCCAGUCAAAUGAAGUUGAAGCCAAUCAACGAAUCAAAGAACAAACAGAAUUGAUAAAGUUAUUAGAAUCUGACCUUUAUCGUUUGCAGACAAAUUUGGAUGAAUCAUUAAAAUUGAAUGAUUCAAGGAACCGAUUAGAAGGUCACCUUCUUGCAGAAGUUAUCGGUGACCAAAAACCAAGUCAAUACAACCAAUCAUUAUUGAACAUUGUACAAAAUCAACGUGAUCGAUUUCGAACACGAGCUGAAGAAUUAGAACAGAAUGAAAUAAAUUUACGCCAACAGUUGGUAUCACUUCAACGUGAAGUUGAAUCAGUACGAGCUGAUAAUGUUAAACUGUACGAGAAAAUACGUUUCUUACACUCUUAUGGUAAUCCUGUAAUACAAAAUCGACAAAAUAAUUUAUCUAAUCAGCAUCCUUCAUCACCGGUGACAAUAUCAUUGUCUCCAUCGCCUUUUCAAAAUCAUGAGUCGAAUGACGCGACUAUCAUUAAAUAUUCACAAGUUUAUGAAGCUCAGUUAAAUCCUUUCAAUCAAUUUAGUCGAUAUGAGAAACAAAGAGUGUAUAAAAAGUUACAACCAUAUGAAAAACUGAUGUUACAUUUGGUAUGUUGGUUUAUUUUGUUUGCCUUUCUUUUAUAGUUUACAUUAUGGACCUAGUCUUAGUUUGUAGACAACCACUGAAAAAAAGAAGUCACUGGAUAUUAGUUGUGUUAUCCUGGUAGAGGGACUGUCUAGCAGUGCUUACUCGUCAAGGAUCGAACCCAUGACUUUCAGGUCCAUGGUAAACAUUAUUCAGCGAUAUCCAUUUUUCAAUGGUGUUUCAAAUGAAAUCAGUCUGUGAUGAAUACAACCUACGAAUGUAUAAAUAUUUUCUUUAAUGUGAUGUAUAUAUAUUUUUAGGCACUUUACUGAACAGUAUUUGUUUCACAAUGUUGCUGUUAUUGCAUUUUUCUGUUGUUGUUUUUCUAAUAGGGACGUUUUGUUAGUUCCGAUCGUAGACUUCGCUUGGGUGUAUUUUUGUAUGCAAUAUUUUUACAUUUAUUCAUAUUUAUUGCACUGUAUAAAGCAGCUCAUUUCCAGCAUAGUGCUUUAGAAACUGAAGCCAAUUGUCAUUCUCGCUUUGAAAAACAUAUGCGAGAAGUUCACAAUCAAGAUGGUGGAAAUCUUUAACAUUUCCUCUCUAUACUUUCUAUUUCAAUUUUCUUUUUUUUGUUUAUUUUCUAUUAUCUUCAAGUGUAAUACUACACUGUGAGAAUAUAAAGGUAUCAUAAACAGUAUGGUUAUAUUCAUUAUUAUUAUUAUUAUGUGAUACUGGCUUUCUUUUUUUCAAAUGAAAAGUGUCCACGUGGUUUGUGUGUGUGUGUAUAUUGGGUUUAUUUUGUUUUUUAAGAAAAAAUUAAUUUUAGAAAAUUUAUUUUGCAUUAGACAUGUAUGUACUUUAUGUGAUAAAACUUUUUGAUUUCUUUGAGUAUACAAGAUUCUUCCUAAGCG